UUGUAAAUUUGCCAUUUGAUCGAUGGAGAAGAAGAGACUCGUUUUCGUUCUCGCAAUCAUAUUAUUCUCACAAUUGACCGAGAGAGGACGAGAGAUUUAGAGAGAGAGAGCCCCAAAAAAAAAAUGGAGAAUCAAGACGAGGAGGUGGUGGUGAAGGUGACGCCGGAGGCUGAGGAGAAUUUUGAGGAAGAAGGGUUGGUUUCAGAUUCGACAUUGGAGAAAGUUGCUGCAGCCAAGAAGUAUAUUGAAGAUCAUUACAAUAAGCGCAUGAGACAUAUUCAACAACGUAGAGAAAGACGUUUGGUGCUAGAACAAAAGAUAGCAUCUUUAGAUGUAUCAGAAAAGGAACAGCUCGAGCUGCUGGAGGAUUUGCAGAGGAAAGAGACAGAGUAUACUAGAUUAAUGAGGAACAGGCUUUGCGUUGAUGAUUUCGAUCUUCUCAGUAUUAUUGGUAGAGGAGCUUUCGGUGAGGUAAGACUAUGCCGUGAGAAAAAGACAGGCAACAUUUAUGCCAUGAAGAAGCUGAAGAAGUCUGAAAUGCUUAGUAGAGGGCAAGUUGAACAUGUUAGAGCAGAAAGGAACUUGCUAGCAGAAGUUGCUAGUGACUGUAUUGUGAAGCUUUAUUAUUCGUUCCAAGAUCCAGAAUAUUUGUACCUUAUCAUGGAGUAUCUGUCUGGUGGUGACGUGAUGACUUUGCUUAUGAGGGAAGAGACUUUGACUGAAACCGUGGCUCGCUUUUACAUUGCCCAAAGUGUUUUGGCUAUUGAGUCGAUACAUAAGCAUAAUUAUGUUCACAGGGAUAUAAAACCAGACAAUCUUCUCCUGGACAAGUAUGGUCAUAUGAAGCUAUCAGAUUUUGGUCUUUGUAAGCCUCUCGAUUGUAGAAAUAUUUCGGCUAUGAACGUAAAUGAACCUUUGAAUGAUGAGAAUAUAAAUGAAUCAAUCGAUGGUGAUGAGAACUGCCCAAUAGGACGUCGUGGAAGGCGUUGGAAGAGCCCUUUGGAACAGCUGCAGCAUUGGCAGAUUAAUCGUAGAAAAUUGGCAUAUUCUACGGUAGGUACGCCCGAUUAUAUUGCACCUGAAGUGUUGCUGAAGAAGGGAUACGGUGUAGAAUGUGACUGGUGGUCUUUGGGGGCCAUUAUGUAUGAGAUGCUCGUUGGUUAUCCACCAUUUUACUCAGAUGACUCCGUAACAACAUGUAGAAAGAUUGUGAGCUGGAGAAAUCAUUUAAUAUUCCCCGAGGAGGCAAGAUUGACACCUGAGGCAAGAGAUCUCAUUUGUAGGUUGCUUUGUGAUUCUGAGCAUAGGCUUGGUUCACAUGGAGCCGGAGCCGAGCAAAUUAAAGCUCAUCCUUGGUUCAAAGACGUCGAAUGGGACAAACUCUAUGAGAUGGAUGCAGCUUUUAAGCCAGUGGUCAAUGGAGAACUUGAUACCCAGAAUUUUAUGAAAUUCGAUGAGGUCGAUUGUCCAAAACCAGCAAGAACAGGAUCUGGACCGUCAUGGAAGGUGAGCAUAACCCCUCAAAAUAUCAAUUUCGUGGGCUAUACAUACAGAAACUUUGACGCCGUUCGUGGUUCUCGCCAUUCUUUAGAUAUCAAAGGAGGCAUUUCGCCACCACGCUCAUCAACUGAGUCUACCCGAAGUGACUCUGCAAUUGAUUAUGCAAAACUCUCAACCGGUGAUGAUGGUUCCCAACAAUGAUUUUCGAACUCCCGAGACACCAAAGCUGCUGAUUUCAAUCCAGACAUCGUUGUUUAUUCUACAAAGCAAAUCUUCUGUAACUAUUUUUCUUGAUUCAUUCAACAUUUUUUUCUUUCUUUUUUUUUUUUUUUUAUCAAUGUACAGUCAUAAUCGUGGUUGCAGAGAGAAGAGAAGAUGUCGAGAAAUCUCUCUGCCUUCUUUUUUCCGCAGCUGUUUCUUUUUUUCUUGUAUUUACUUUGCAUCUGCCCAGAGAAUCGGCGUUCAUGUAAUUUUAUUGUACCGCCAGUUCCCUAGUAGCAGUUUCCAACCGUUUCUUC